GGUCCUUCAGGUCCUCAAGGUCCCAUUGGCUACCCGGGGUCACGUGGUGUCAAGGGGGCAGACGGCAUCCGGGGCCUCAAAGGACACAAGGGAGAGAAGGGCGAAGAAGGCUUCCCCGGCUUCAAAGGCGACAUGGGGGUCAAAGGAGCCCGCGGGGACAUUGGGGUUCCUGGAUCUAGGGGGGAAGACGGCCCCGAAGGCCCCAAAGGACGCGCUGGCCCCAUAGGCGACCCCGGCCCUAUAGGGCUUGGGGGGGAGAAGGGAAAACUGGGGGUUCCAGGUCUCCCCGGUUACCCAGGGCGACAAGGUCCUAAGGGAUCGCAGGGAUACCCAGGCUUCCCAGGCAGCAACGGCGAGAAGGGGGCGCGGGGUCCAGAGGGCAAAUCAGGGCCAAGGGGGGAACGGGGCCCCACGGGACCAAGGGGGCAGCGAGGAGCACGAGGAGCCACGGGGAAGGCAGGGGCCAAGGGUACCUCCGGCAGCGAUGGGCCCCAUGGCCCCAUAGGAGAGCGGGGCCUGCCAGGACCUCAAGGACCCAACGGCUUCCCUGGCCCCAAAGGGCCCCCUGGCCCCCCCGGCAAGGACGGGCUCCCCGGGCACCCAGGACAGCGAGGGGAAGGGGGAUUCCAAGGGAAAACCGGGCCCCCGGGACCCCCGGGCGUCGUGGGACCCCCGGGCUCCGCGGGCGAAUCCGGCCCCAUGGGAGAGCGCGGCCAUCCCGGUCCUCCCGGUCCCCCCGGCGAACAGGGGCUUCCCGGGCCCUCCGGCAAGGACGGUGCCAAGGGAGAUCCCGGCCCCACAGGGCCCCACGGCAAGGACGGACCCGCGGGAUUGAGGGGGAUCCCCGGCGAGCGCGGCAUGCCCGGCGCGGCGGGCGGCCCAGGGCUGAAGGGCAACGAGGGACCCGCCGGCCCCCCAGGACCUGCUGGCUCUCCAGGGGAGCGGGGGGCUCCAGGACAAGGGGGUCCCGUUGGCCCCCCAGGGAGACCCGGAGCUCAGGGACCCCCAGGUGCAGCCGGAGAGAAGGGAAUUCCGGGGGACAAGGGCUCCGUGGGUCCCGCUGGCCGCGAUGGGGCGCAGGGACCUGUGGGGCUCCCAGGUCCCGCCGGGCCCCCCGGUGGGGCAGGAGAGGACGGAGACAAGGGUGAGGUCGGGGAUCCCGGCUCCAAGGGCACCAAAGGCACCAAAGGAGAGCACGGACCCCCGGGCCCCCCUGGCCCCAUUGGAGCCGUCGGCCAACCCGGAGCAGCCGGAGCCGAUGGGGAGCCGGGGGCCCGAGGAGCCCAGGGUCACUUUGGAACCAAAGGGGACGAGGGGACGAGGGGAUUCAAUGGAGCCCCAGGCCCCAUAGGGCUGCAGGGGCUGCCGGGUCCCGCUGGUGACAAGGGGGAGACCGGCGAUGUGGGGCCAAUGGGCCCCCCCGGACCCCCAGGUCCUCGUGGUCCAGGCGGAGGCUCCGGAGCCGAUGGACCACAGGGAGCGCCGGGGGGCGUCGGGAAUGUGGGGCCGCAAGGGGAGAAGGGUGAUCCCGGCGAAUCCGGAGCUCCGGGAAUCCAAGGAGAACCCGGUACCAAGGGCCCCCGAGGCGAGCGUGGGGAGAAGGGAGAAGCCGGAGCCUCCGGAUCCGUGGGGCCUCCGGGUGGGAGAGGUCCCAUUGGAGACGAUGGAGCCAAAGGGAAUCCGGGACCCGUUGGAUUCCCAGGGGAUCCCGGUCCUCCAGGAGAGAUGGGACCAAGGGGGCAGGACGGUGCCAAAGGGGAGCGGGGUGAGGAUGGAGAAGCCGGGGAGACGGGAUCCCCAGGCCCGACGGGAGAGAACGGUCCCCCGGGGCCCCUCGGGAAGCGGGGCCCGGCCGGUUCUCCCGGCCCCGAAGGACGUCAAGGCGAGAAGGGAGCCAAGGGAGAAGCAGGAGCAAGAGGAGCUCCGGGCAAGACGGGGUCUGUGGGGCCACAAGGACUUGGGGGGAAGCAAGGACCCGAUGGGCUCCGAGGGCUCCCGGGACCUGUGGUGAGUGAGGAGGGGAGCAGGGGCUCCCCACAUCCCCCAUGCCCACCCAUGGACCUCUUCUAGGGUCCCCCCGGGCUCCCCGGCCUCCGAGGGGACACCGGAGCCAAAGGAGAGAAGGGCCACCCUGGUCUCAUCGGCUUGAUAGGGCCGCCUGGAGAACAGGGCGACAAAGGGGACCGGGGCCUCCCUGGGCCCCACGGAUCUAUGGGGCACAAAGGAGAAACUGGCAUCCCUGGUGCUACCGGACCCAUUGGCCCCACUGGUCCCCCUGGCCUCCCUGGCCCGGCUGGACCCAAAGGAGCCAAAGGAGCCAUGGGCCAAGCAGGACCCAAAGGGGAGCGUGGAGCUCCAGGACCCCCCGGCCACCCGGGCCCCCCAGGAGAAGUCAUCCAACCCCUUCCCAUCCAAGCAUCCAAGAAGUCCAAGCGCUCCAUUGACGCCAGCGAGCUCCUGGAGGAGGAAGAGGAAGAGGAAGAGAAGGAGGAAGAGGAGCAAGGCCGGGGCAUGGAGGAGCUCUUGGGAUCCCUUCAUUCCCUAAAGCAGGAAGUGGAGGCCUUGAGGCGCCCCAUGGGGAGCAGGGAGAACCCGGCCCGCACGUGCCAGGACCUACAGCUGAGCCACCCGGGGCUCCCCGAUGGCCUCUAUUGGGUGGAUCCCAACCAAGGAUGCUCCCGCGACGCCUUCCGGGCCCGAUGCCGCUUCCGCAUGGGAGCCGAGACCUGCGUCUUCCCAAGGCAGACGGUGUUGCCCAAGGAAGAGGCGACCCAAGGUCAGCGUCGAGGCGACGAAGGCUCGAGGCUCUCCUACGUGGAUGCGGAUGGGCACGGGCUCGGCGUGGUGCAGGUGACCUUCCUAAGGCUCCUCAGCGUCGGCGCGCAGCAGAACGUCACCGUGCGGUGUACCGGGAACACCGGGAUCAACACCGGGAACACCGGGAUCAACACCGGGAUCAACACCGGGAAUGGGAUCCGCUUCCUGGCCGCCAAUGAGGAGGAGCUGGCGGGUACCGGCCCCUACGUCAAGGUGCUGAUGGAUGGAUGUGGGGCGCAGUCGGGCUCCGGGCGCUCGGUGCUGGAGGUUCUCACCCCACACCCGGAGCAUCUCCCACUCCGGGAUGUCCUGGGCAUGGCACGAGGAGGCCUUGAGGUGGGGCCGGCCUGCUUCCGGGGCUGA